AAGAAGGUGUCAGCAGACAACGAAUAUCUGUUGUUCCCGGAUAUAUAGAAACGCAGGAUUUCUCUGGACUUCUUGAGGAUCGUUGCAAGAUGCAGCAGUCGUGCCGCACUAGCCUGCGCUCCGCGCGCCCGGCGUUUGGGUCCCGACCCUUCCAGGCAGUGUUUCGCCCAAGCUAUGCGGGCCGCAGGACCUUCGUGCCCGUGCGGGCCUCGUUGACCGUCAAGGACGCGCAGUCAGGUGUCGAGUUCCUGCUCGCGCAGAAGUUCUGGCAGGGCGAGGCGUACCGCUGCCUAGGUGCCGCAACGCGAUCCAAGCAGAUCGUGUUCGUCAACGUCAAAGUAUACUCGGUGGCCGCCUACGUGGAGGCUGAUCGAGCCGCCAAGGAGCUGGGUAUCCGGGAGAGGGGCGGCUUCUUUGAGACGGAUGACGAUUACUGCUCCGCCAUCUUGGAUGGGGCAUUCAACAAGGUCCUGGCGCUGCACCUGGUCCGCGACGUGACGGGGGAGCAGUUCACGGAGGCGAUCAACAAGAGCCUGGCGCCCCGCAUGCAGCUGGCGGGUGACACUGCCUCCCUGGACAAGUUCAACGCCUUUUUCAGCAGCAAGAACUUGGUUAACAACACUGAGGUGCUGCUCUUGUGGAGCAUGGCUGGAGACCUGGAGGUGCUCGUCACGCCGCCAGUCACAGCUCCCCAGGAGUACGGCCAGGCUACGCCCGAGCUGCGCAUAAGUAGCCCGGCUCUUAGCCGCGGGCUGUUCGAGAUCUUCCUGGGCAGCAGCCCCGUGGUCCCGGAGGCACGUGCCGAGUGGGUCAAGGGCGCCAAGACGUUGCUGGAAAGCGAGAACGUGAAGCGUGCGUCGCGGAAGGCUUGAAUUAGCACCGUUUGAACUACCCCGGGUAAUAUGCCGCAUAGGCGCCACCGCUCUUAAAGGCUGUUUUGAUUUGUGGAUUAAGUGGCUGUGCUUUGGAUGUUCACUGUGCCUGUUUGUGCUAGGCAGGAUGGUUGUUGCUGAUGAUGGUGGCGGCGGUAGUAGUGUGGAAGCAAGUUAUCAGAUUGCAGGAUGUCGCUGCAAGGAUGUGAUGGAUGUGAAUGUGUGCCGUAGAAAGGCGGGCGGUGUGAACCCGAGGUUCUGGCAUCGGGUUUGUGCUGUUGCGAUGGAGAGAAGUCUUAUCGUGGAACGGAGGAUAUGAUUGCGCGAUUCCAUUGAACUCUGCGGAUGAGCUGAGGGGGAUGUGGCGGAUGCAUGCGGACCGAGGGCAGGAAAACGCAACCGAGAUCGGAAUGUUAAGCUCGUUCAGGGGCCGCUGGACAGUCCGUAGGCAGCAGGUAAUUAGGCAUGGCACGACGCAUUGGUCGCAAUUUUGCAUGGGACGCUGCAUUUUCCUCAUGUUGCAUGGGGGCAACAAUGCCCCACGGGACUUACUUCAGAGCAAGCACUUGGCUCUUGUUAAGCUAUAAGAAGCUAGGAAUGCAAGGAUGGUUGUCAGCGCCUGUGAGUUGUGCAUCUGCAACUGGCUGCUGCC